AUGGGGACUCCCGGUUCUGGAAGGAAAAGAACUCCGGUGAAAGACCGAUUUUCUGCAGAAGAUGAAGCGUUGAAUAACAUCGCCAGAGAGGCUGAGGCAAGACUAGCAGCAAAGCGGGCCGCUCGGGCUGAGGCAAGAGACAUACGUAUGAGAGAACUAGAACGACAGCAGAGAGAGCACUCUCAUCCUUCCUAUGAUCGGAAAUGGGGACAGAUUCAGAAGUGGCUGGAAGAUUCUGAAAGGGCCAGGUAUUCCCACCGGUCCAGAAAUCAUCGUCCUUAUCUGGGAGUUGAGGAUGCGAUGUCCACCCGUGUUGCCAGUCACAGGUUUGAUGCUGUCAAGGAUCGAUCAUCAAGACUUUCAUCAUUAAGUCCUUCUUACAGUCAUUCUUACGGACUGAAGAAGAGAGCUUCUGGUUCUCGUAAGGACCCUCUGAGUGGCCUCUACUUUGACCAGAGAAACUAUAGCAGUCUUAGACAUAGCAAACCUACCUCUGCCUACUAUACUCGGUCCUCAUCUCUGUACAGUGACCCUCUGGCAACAUCUAAGAGUAACAGGGCCUCACCCAUUACCAACUCUGGGCUCCUCAGAAGUGCCAGUCUGGCCUCAUUGUAUGAUGGUGGACUGUAUAACCCUUAUGGGUCUCGAACUCCAUCUGAAUACAGUUAUUACUCAUCAAGGACAAGCUCAGCCCAAAGCAGUCCCGUGUUUUCCGAAGAUGACACCGAGAGCAUCGGGUCUUCAGGCCGAGCCAGUUGUGGGCGCAGGAGAGACAGUGUGGUGUCUGCAGCCGACUAUUUCAGUCGCUCCAACCGUAGGGGGAGCGUUGUCUCUGAGGUGGAUGACGUCAGUAUCCCAGAUUUGACCAGUUUGGAUGAAAAAUCUGACAAACAGUAUGCUGAAAAUUACACAAGGCCCUCAUCUCGAAAUUCAGCCUCAGCAACAACCCCUCUAAGUGGGAAUUCCUCCAGAAGAGGAAGUGGCGACACCAGCAGCAGCCUAAUAGAUCCAGACACCUCAUUAAGUGAAUUGCGGGAUAUCUAUGACCUUAAGGACCAGAUACAGGAUGUAGAAGGGAGAUACAUGCAGGGCCUUAAAGAACUAAAGGAAUCUCUGUUGGAAGUGGAAGAAAAGUACAGGAAAGCCAUGGUCUCCAACGUGCAGCUGGACAACGAGAAGAACAAGCUCAUCUACCAAGUAGACACCCUCAAGGACGUUCUGGAAAGACUUGAGGAACAGCUGGCAGAAUUUUACAGAGAAAAUGAAGAAAAAUCCAAGGAAUUAGAAAGGCAGAAACACAAGUGCAGCGUGCUCCAGCAUAAGAUGGAUGAACUUAAAGAAGGUAUUCGGCAAAGAGACGAACUUAUCGAGGAGAAGCAGCGCAUGCAGCAGAAAAUAGAUGCCGUAACUAAAGAGGUGUUUGACCUCCAGGAGACACUUCUUUGGAAAGAUAAAAAAAUUGGGGCCCUAGAGAAACAGAAAGACCACUUUGCCCGCCUUAGCUCUGAGCGAGCUACCCUGAGAGAGGAACCGGCUGAGCCGAAGGGGACAGUGGAGACAGGAGAGAAACAUGGCUUAGUUAUAAUCCCCGACGGCACUCCCAACGGUGACGUGAAUCACGAAGCAGCGGCUGGAGCCAUCACCGUAGUGUCUCAGGAGGCUGCCCAGGUCCUGGAAUCGGCAGGAGAGGGGCCGCUGGAUGUUAGGCUACGAAAACUGGCUGGAGAAAAGGAAGAGCUCCUAUCCCAGAUUAGAAAACUGAAGCUGCAGUUGGAGGAGGAACGGCAGAAGAGUUCCAGGACUGACGGCAGCGGGGGUGACCUGACGGGGCUGCAGAACGGCUCAGACCUGCAGUUCAUCGAAAUGCAGAGAGAUGCCAAUAGACAAAUUAGUGAAUACAAAUUUAAGCUUUCCAAAGCCGAACAGGAUAUAACCACUUUGGAGCAAAGUGUCAGCCGGCUCGAGGGCCAGGUGCUGAGAUACAGGACCGCUGCCGAGAAUGCGGAGAAGGUGGAGGACGAACUGAAGGCAGAAAAGAGGAAGCUGCAACGAGAGUUACGAACAGCGCUGGACAAGAUCGAGGAGAUGGAGAUGACCAACAGCCACCUGGCCAAGCGGCUGGAGAAGAUGAAGGCCACCAGGACGGCGCUGCUGGCCCAGCAGUGA